AAGCUGAGGUAGACUAAACUCCGCCAGGAGGCUAAACACGUCCCUUUGCUGGGUGCAAGGCAGGAGGCCAUGAAUAAUUGCACAGAUCAGCAGUACUGGGACAAGCUCCUGUGCCAAUGCACCUCCUGCCGGCUUGUUUGCAAAGGGUCCACAGUCGAGCGAUGCACUGCCUUCUGUGCCUCCAUGGAAUGCAGCGAGCGCGCCGGCUCCUACUACGACGCCCUCCUGAGAAAAUGCAUCAGCUGCUUUGACAUCUGCGGGCGGCACCCCAUCCAGUGCAUCUCCUUCUGCGAGAGCGAUAAGCUGGUAACUACCUCAUCCGCUGUGGUUGCUGUGGAGCGGAGGCCAUGCAGUGACCAGGACCAGUGGCUUGUGCUCUACCUGCUGCUGGGCCUCUGCCUCUGCAUCCUCAUCUGCUCUUUGCUGCUGGGCUGGACCCACUUCAGGAGGAAGGGGGAAGUGGUCUCCUGCCAACCAGGCCCCGGGCCAUGCCACAAGAGAGAGGAUUCAUCCAAAGAUCGUUUAGUGGAAGCGGGAAGCGCUGGAGAUGGAUUUGCUGGAAGCAGGAUACCAGAGCCAGUGGAGACCUGUGGCUUCUGCUUUCCUGAGCAAGGGGCUGCCACACAGGAGACCAGCCCGUGUCACAGUAGCUUCUACCAUCUAGGAGCAAGGGCUGCUGUCCCUGCCCCUGAGGACGGCCACUUCAAAAUUAUAUGCUCUCCAUCGCAAGAGAAGACGCUCACGGCAUGAACUCAGAGUCGGGCUUCUGUGUGGUCGCCAACAGCCUAACUGCUGGGAAGAAAGCUACUUGCCCUUAAUUUCUGCCCUGUUUCCAAUAAGCACCACUAUACCUUGCCUGCCCAUCAGUCACACUCCCUUUCGUACUAUGGAGUGGGACGGGCAGCCCAUCACUGCUAUUCUCCACAAUGGAAAUAAAAGUCUCAUGA